UUCGACGGCAUCAACCAGAUGUGCCAAUCACAGGAGCUAGGAAAAAAAAAAAAAAAAGCAGGAGUCCAACUACUUAUCCCCGCUGCUUUUAAGCAGCCUAGAUGCGAAAGCAGACAGGGCCAAAAUAUUACCGAAGCAAUUUGCAUUUACAUGUAAUCGGCUAUGCGCCCAUAUGCAGUGGUAGAGGACACCAGCUUCAAGUAUUUAUUAAAAGUGCUCGAGCCUCGUUACAACGUUCCAUACAGUUACAGUAGUCACAGGUUAAUCACAAAUGUGAUACAUUGCUCCUAAAGGCACAGGUUUUAUUUUAUCUUAUAUUUUAUUAUAUUGUAUUUAUUUUGUAUUUUCACACCAGGAGAUGUUAUUCAGUUCUGUAUUGCCUUUUAUUUUGCAUCAGCCCUGGGCUGAAGUAAUUGAAACACUCAUUAUUAUUAUUUAUUUUGUAGUAUUUUCAUAACAUAAGAGAUGGUUUUCAGUUUUGUAGCCGAUUGUGACCUAUUGGCUUUUGUUUUUUAUCAGCCCUACAUAAAAAUAUGACCUAUGCGAAAGUAUAUGUUCGCAUUUUACUGCUUAAUACACUACAGGCUGUAGCCUACCAACUACCUCAGGGGGGACUAUACGACACUAGGUAAAACAAACUCUAACUUGCGCCACUGUCUGUUCAAAAUAAAUGAAAAGAAACCUAGCCUUAUGCAUUUGGGCUUUUUUGUUGCUUUUUUCCCGUUGUACACCAAACCGUGGUGUGAACCGAGCCGUGACUUCUGUGUACCGUCACACCCCUAGCACACAGCCAUGGCAGAUAAAGGGAGUCAUUAGUUUCUCCGUCAAUAGCCGAGGGAGGCACAAGUCAAACACAUUCUCCCUAGGCACGCAUGCGCUCAAAGGGCAGGGUCACUGCUGUUCUCAUUCUUGUCUCUGACUGGACACCACAUCUUUACGGCGCAGUGUGCCCGCUGCUAUCAGGAUGUGCCGCUCCUCAUCCGUUCAGUGAACGAGGAGACAACUGCGAUCUCUGCUCAGCUCAUUGGCCAAUGACAAAAGGCGGAUUUCCUUCGUUCUGCAACUGUGAACCAGGCAAGCCACUGCAUGACAUUGCGAAAAUCGAUCAUUAAGGUAUUUCAUUAAAUGACAAAAAUUCAUAUUAAGGUUAAUUAAAUGGAUGAAUCAGUCCAUAACAAGCUGCAGCUGCCCCACCCCAAUAAAUAAAUAAAUGACCCAUUGGUGAAGAGAAGGGAAGUAUACAGUUUGACUCAAAGUUCAAAUAAGGUCAGAAAAAGAGAAAUUUCUGUCUCAUUCAGACCACAUGAAAAUAUGUUUUGAAACCAGGAUUGUGGAACUAACAGUCAUUCUCAGAUGAACAUAUGACAGACCCCAUGAGAACCAAUUCUUUAGAGGACAAUCCUUACACAAAGGUUGUUUACCAAAGGGUUAUGAAUAAACAAAUAACCCUUUGUAAAACUGAGCCUGGAAUUUUUUUAAUGGACUCAUAAAAUUUACCAACUAUCCUUAAGCAACCGUUAGGAAAUUGCUAGACAUGUCGUUUCGUCUGACGUUUAAACUGGAGACGUGCAUUGCUCGCGCAUCUGGCGCGUCUCAAUCGGUAUUGAUCCCCGCCGGUACAACUAGGUUUUAAUGACUUCAAAUUAGGCUUGAUGUGAAUUACUUCCAGAUGUUAUUUGACGUAUAAGGUACAACAUACCCAGCCAUAUGCUUUCAGGGAUAGAGAUAACACACGCCGGCGAUUUAUGAAGUCCGGGCAGAUGUGGGAAAUACUAUGAAGUUAGCCGUUUUAAUUUUGUAUUUGGUUUUCAAAACUCUCAGACUAAAUGCACAGAAUGAAUUAAUUUUAAAAUUGCAUUGGCCUACAACAGCGUAGAUGACAUAAUAGUGCCGUUUCAAAAAUAUGAAUACCACUAGAAUUUUUCUAGUCACUGGUUUGUCUUUUAAAAGACUGAUGUUUGUUUUAAACAACGUUUUGUAUAGUGUUCGAGAUAAAUUAUUUCACAUUUUUAAGAGACCCUCUUAAAACUGAACUUACUUUUUGACAGCUCAUUAAACAGGACAUGAGCACGAAAUCCUAGAACCAGGGCAAACCAAUGAUAUAGGAGUUUAGCCAACAACGGGGUGGCCAAAACGGUCAGCAUGUGCUUUUUCGCAGUUUACCUGUGAAAUUCUGCAGAAAGGCACCCCGGCCCCAUGCGGACAAGAAAUAAUUUAACAUGGUAAAAAUGAUGGGUCAGUGCCAGCUGACAUUGGCCUUGCCUCUUAAGGAAGAUCGAACUCGUACUGCAUUAUGAAACCACCACAACUCUUCACCAUUGGAACACGACAAUGUUUCCACUUUUUCUGCCCCAACCUUUAAUGUUUUCAUUUUCAAUGGCAUUUUUUUUUUACAACAGAUAUGUUCUGCGAAUGUCUCCUAGCCAAAAAUGGCCUUCUCUGAUUUUUGAAGAAUAAUUGCUUUACGAAAUUCAGUCUACUGUAUGUGACCAUGAAAGUAAUUAAUUGUUAGCAUCCGCAUUGCAUGACACAGCUGAAAAAGUGUAAUAAACCGCAUAAAACCCGAAUGUAACCGCACACACAUGUUCGGUGUCCAAUCAACCCUAACAGAGUACGAAAUAACAAUGGAAUGGACAUUUUACUGUGUAUAAAAAUGUACGUGCAGCCAGUCCGAUCAGAUUCUUUUUCUAUUGGAAGCUCACACAGUUGCUGACUUGAGAAGGUGUUAAAAAGACCGGUAUGUUUAAAGGAAGGCUGGGGUCGUUAGAAUCGAAUGAGUCGCUGAUGUAUUUUUUAGAUUCUAAACUGAAACUGACAGAAUAAAGUUUCCCUUUCGUGAAACAAUCAUACUACUACUGCAUCUUUGUGCUGUACUGUAACGCUGUCCUCCGCAUUGUUCAACUGACAUAAUCUGACCAUUAUAUAAGACACAUUGCGUCCUCUCCGGUCCAGGUGUCACGCGUCCAUGGAAACGGGGUUCCUUGGCAACGCAAAGCAAACACAUUGAUAAACAAAACAUCACAGUGCAAAUGCAUUUGGCCUGUCUGUCACAUCCAGUUUUUUCCCCUUUGAAAUAGCUUUUUAUUCGUGAUAAAAUGUCAACUGAAGUUUUAGUGUCAAGACCAUUUGUCGACACCAGGGCUGUAUCCCAGGAUGUGCCUGCGAGAUCACCAGACUCGAUUAUCAAAGAGAACAUGUUCCCGUCCUCCGGUUUGGCCACGGCGGGGUACCGGUCCGCUAAGUAUAUGCCGGAUGAGUGGGAUGCCAAAAACAACUCCACUCUCGCCCAGGCGGCAGGCGAUCGGGACAACGCGGAGAGGAUCAGAUAUGAGUCAAAAAGUCUUCACAAGGAGACCGAGACGAGGACGCUUCGGUCCCAAGCGGAGGGAACGCGGUACCUGGGAGAAAGACUUCAGGAAAUUAACUUCUGGCAGUCGGAACUGCAGCGGCACAUCGAAGAGCUAACCCGGGAAACCGAGAUGCUACUGGGGCAAAAGCGCCGGCUGGAGAAGGCGCUGGAAGCCACUGAGAUCCCUUACGCCAUUGCUACUGACAACCUGACCUGCCGGGAGCGCCGACUCGGACCUGACUUGGUCAAAGACGAAGUGGAGGACCAGCUACUUAAAGAAGUGGAGCUGAUCAGGAGCAUCCAGGCGCUUCUGAAAAAAACUUUAAACGAAGCCAUCAAUCAAAUAAGGGCCAACAGGGAGGCAAAGCAGACACUGGAGCUUGACUGGUCUGACAAGUUCCAGGCCUACAGCAUGGACGUCCAGUGCGGUCGCUACAGCAACAGGAGCAUGGACAUCCAGAACCAUCCCAACUCUGCUAAAUUACAGGACCAUGUGUCGAACAGGGAGUCAUGGACGAGGUUCUCUCAGGACAACCUGUCGCUGGCGGAGCGGGAGGAGCGGGCGUCGCUGGAGCUCAGGCAGCUGGUGGACGCCGUGCUGCGGGACACGGCGGAGGACCUGCGCGCCCAGUGCGCCGCCGUCGACAACGCCUUCGCCCGCCGCUGCCAGGAGCUCAACGAGGCCAAGGCCCUGCUGGAGCUGCAGCUGGCGCAGAUCCUGGAGGAGACGGGGGCCCAGGAGCGCAACGUCAGGGCUCUGCAGCAGGCCCUGCACGACAAGGAGGCCCCCAUGCGGGUGGCCGAGUCGCGCCUGUACAGCCGCGCCCAGCGGCCCAACGUGGAGCUGUGCCGCGACGGACCCCACCUCAGGCUGGUGAGUGAGGUGGGGGAGAUCUCCUACACGAUGGAGGUGCUGCAGGAGAAGCUGUCGGAGGCGCGGCGGUCUCUGGAGGACCUGGAGCGCACGCGCAUGGCCCUGGAGAAGGAGCUCAGCUGCAAGAUGCACAGCCUGAUGAUCGACGUGCAGAAGUGCAUGACCCACCGCACACGCUACCCCACCACGCUCGCCCUGUCCGGGUACUGAGGGCCCUGUUACCCCAAACCUGCCCCCUUUACCACUCUGUCCCCGUACUGAGGGCCCUGUUACCCCAAACCUGCCCCCUUUACCACUCUGUCCCCGUACUGAAAGUCCUGUUACCCCAAGUCUGCCCCCAUUACCUCUCCAUUAAGCUAACUUAAUGCAGAACUCUCCUACCGUCUCUGCAGACUGAUACAAAAAUCAGAAUCUGAAAAUAGUGUGUGUGUGUGUGUGUGUGUGAGUUUUUGUGACCAAGUCUGUUCAUUGCUGUUUUAUUUCCACAGCCCUGCUGAAAUUGCCUUCUCUUUAUCCCUUGUCCUCUCCUUUCCUUUUGGCUUAGUUUGAGUUUUCUGUUCAGUUUUGUGUGACUUGAAGUGGAAAUGUGUGGCAUCAGAUAUUCCAGUGCACAAGCGGCAAAGUGAAGGCUGGAUUUAAAAAAAACAGAAUAAAUCCUAACAGCUUGCAUUCAGUA